AUGAUUCGCAAAAAUAAACAUCAAAUAUUGGAAAUGCAGUCACAAAGAAGAGAUAGAACGUUCUAUAGAAUGGAUGGCUCAAAAUUACCGGCUUCGGUCCGGAACCUUUUUCCUGUUCCGGAACAGGAAACGGACCUUAAGGGGACCAUGAACUUGUUCCGGAACAAAAACGGACCGUUCCGCAAACGAUAA